AUGUCAGAUAGCACAGUGUCAGUGAAGACUUUGGACAAGAAAAAGCGACAAGAGAGCAAACAAAUAAGAAAGAAAGAAAAUGAGGACAUCAUCAAACAGCUCCACCAGGAGACAGAGGAAAGGAAGAAGGCUGAGGACAAAGUGACGAGCCUGAAGAAUGAGCUAGAAAAGUUAAAGGAGGAAGAACUGAAGCAGAAGGAGGAGCAGAGGAAGGAGGAGGCUGAGAAUGCGAUACAGAGACUGAAAGAGAAGCUGGACAUGAAGAAAACUGAGGUUAAAAACAAACAAACUGAGCUGCAAAGUCUCCAGGAGGAGAAGAUGAUGAUUCAGGAUGAUCUGAAGAACCUAAUUAAAGACCUGAACACCAAGAACACAGAGCUGGAGACAAUCAGAGAAUACUUAGCAAAGUCUUCCUUGAUGUCUCAUAUUCUCUGGACUGAUGCAAAGAAGGAAAAACUGAAGAAUGAAGAAGAUGAGAUGAGAAUACAGACAGAAAUAGAAAACCUCAACAAACAGCUGAUGACCAAGAACAUGGAGUUCCAGAACAAAGAUGAGGAGUGUGAAGAAAAACAAAAUGAGCUGAAGGAGCUUCUGGAUGAUCAACAGAAGAUGGAGACUGAACUGCAGAUUGAGGAGCAAAAACUGAAAGAAUAUGAUGAUAUCAUCAAACCCCUCCAACAGGAGACAGAGGAAAGGAAGAAGGCUGAGGACAAAGUGAAGAUGUUGAAGAAUGAUCUGAAAGAGUUAGAGAAGAAGCUCCAGGAUGAGAAGCAGAAGUGGAUGAAGACUGAGAGAGAGAUGGAGAAAGAACAUGUUGACACCAAGAAACAUCUCCAACAGGAGAAAGACAAAAAGAAGAAAGCUGAGAACGAAGUGGCAACCCUGAAGAAUGAGCUGGAAAAGUUAAAGAGAAAUAAUUCAGAAACCAACAAUCAGCUCCAGCAGGAGACAAAGGAAAAUGAGACCCUGAAGAAACAUCUGGAAGAGAAUGAGAAGAAGUUGAUGGAGACUGAGAGUGAACUGAGGACAGAAGGCAACAAGCUGGAGAUCAGUCGAAAAAACUCAGCCAGUGGAAGAUCAACAUCACCCAUAACUGUAGAAGAGGUUCAUCAAAACGGCCUCUACAUCCGUCUUAAGAACAUUUCCACUGAGGAGAUAGAACUAGGAGGCUGGAUGUUAGAACUACAGAAGAAUGACAGAGAAACAGACACAUACACAUUUAAGGAGCCAUUAAAACUUCAGGCUGGAGGAAUUCUCUGUAUAUCCCACCAACGCUAUUCAAGCAAACCUCCUGGAGAUGUUAAACAGGUGUGGUUGGACAUGAUGAACUGGAGUCCUGCAGACAAACUGCAGAUCUACCUCAUCAGCAACAAUGGAGAGACCUUCAGACUGCAGUAAUGUGAAUAAACAUGUGAAACAUCUUUUUUUUUUUUUUUAAUUUCUGCAUUAUUCAAAGUGAGCCUUUGUUUUUUCUGAAUAUCAAAUUUAUAUGAUCUUUUUUAAAAUCAUUUUUGAGUUUUAUUUUUAACAGCUUGUUUUCAAAUGUUCUCAUUAGUUCAUGUUCAGUUCUGUGGAAAACUCAUUUGGUUUGUUGUUUUAAUCAAAGUUGUAAUGAGCAGAAGAUUCAACAAGAAAAGACCAGAAAUAUGUACAACAUUAAAACAAUCAGAACAAAAUGUUUUCUACAAGUUAAAGUCAGUUUUUAGUUUAACCUCCUUUUGCUGUUCUUCAAACUUCAUGUGUCGACUGUCUUCAGGUUUUCUUCAGUAAUCUUCUAUUUUAUUAAAUAAAUCUUCUUUCACUGAACAGA